AUGAAACUCACCGUUGUUUCACGCAACCCAAAGUCUACCAAGUUUCCAGUAACUUUGGAGCUUGCAGGUACAGCCAACACAAUCAAAACAUCCGAUGUCAACAAGGCUUUGGCUGCCAAAUUUCCCAAAUACUAUCCUGAUCGUCAACGUUUAACAACCGAGGAUAAAAAGGUGUUGGACCUCGACAAGACUUUGGAAGAGCAAGGUAUCAAUGAGCAAACCAGCGUUUAUUUCAAGGACCUCGGUGCCCAAAUUGGAUGGCGUACUGUGUUUAUGAUUGAAUAUGCUGGUCCUAUCCUUAUUCAUCCCAUCUUUUACUACUUGUCAAAGCUCAUCUAUGGCUCCUCUUUCACGCAUUCACCAAUGCAAACUGUUACCUAUUACAUGGUCAUGGCUCAUUUCUUUAAGCGUGAGUUGGAAACUGUCUUUGUGCACCGUUUCUCUCAUGGUACCAUGCCUUUCCGUAACGUAUUCAAGAACUCUGCUCAUUACUGGUUGUUGUCUGGUGCUAAUUUGGCCUUCUGGGUCUACGGUCCUUGGUUUGCUCAAGGUAGAGCUGCUGCUGUUCGUAACGAUGUGUGGAUUUAUGGUUCUAUCGCUGUGUGGGCUUGGGCUGAACUCUCCAAUUUGAUUACUCAUAUUACUCUUCGUAAUUUGCGUCCUCCUGGAACCCGUGUUCGUGCCAUUCCUUAUGGCUAUGGUUUUGAUCUCGUCUCUUGUCCCAACUACUUUUUUGAAUUCCUUGCCUGGACUGUUGUAUGCUUCCUCACAACUAGCUGGAGUGCUUUUCUUUUCAACAUUGUUGCCACCGGCCAAAUGUACAUUUGGGCUGUCAAGAAGCACAAGAACUACAAGAAGGAGUUCAAGGACUAUCCUCGCAACAGAACCUCCAUGUUCCCCUUCAUUGCCUAG